AUGACCAGCAUCUCCCCUUUCAGAGUACCUGCGCCGUAUCUUUGUUUUGCCAUUGGCGCAGCAUCUCUUGUGAGUCUAGUCUUUCUGCGAUCUAUAUCAAGAUCCUCAGAAGUAGACAAGCGCAAGACCAUCCCUUCUCCAAACGCAACAGUACUCUCCCCUCUAUCGGAAGAGGGGGUCCAAAAACUGCCAUACCCUCCGGAUACAUUACCUGGAGCAAGAGACGUAAAGUCGCACUAUGGCAGCAUUCGAGUGUACGAAUGGGGCCCUGCCGAUGGAGAGCGCAUGUUGCUCAUCCAUGGUAUAUCGACACCAAGCAUUGCGUUGACUGACUUGGCGUACAAACUCGUCGGGAAAGGAUGUCGAGUGAUGUUGUUCGAUCUCUUUGGCCGCGGCUACUCCUCCGCACCCACUCCCAAGGACCACCACUAUGACUCCGCUCUGUACACGUAUCAGAUCCUCGUCUGUCUAAAUUCCUCGCCAAUCGCCUGGUCACCAUUUACCAUUGUUGGCUACUCCCUCGGCGGCGCGCUAGCAGCAGACUUUACAUCGUACUUCCCCAUCUUAAUCAAAGGGCUCGUCCUCGUUGCGCCAGGAGGGCUUAUCCGCAAUCGGCACAUCAGCUGGAAGAACAAACUGCUAUAUCAAAGUGGAGGGUGGGUGCCCGAGUGGAUAGUUGAGCGCAUGGUAGCGAAGAGGCUGUGGACAGGGCCGGAGACUAGUGGGCAGAUAGAAGCAGAGCCUGACGCUGUCGAGAACGCGGAAACCACUACGACUUCGCGCAAUAACGCCGUCUAUUUGUCUUCGAGACAUACUUUGUUACCGAGCAACCCUUACAGCACCGUCUCUGCAGUCGUGAACUGGCAGAUUGCGCACCAUCCUGGCUUUGUUCCAGCAUUUGUAUCGUCGAUUCGGUACGCGCCGAUACACGAUCAACACGAUCGCUGGCAAAUCAUCAGAGAGAAUAUUGAAAAGAAGAAUGGGAAGUUGGAGAAGGUGUGGCUAGUGCUGGGAGAGACGGAUCCAAUUAUCGUGGCCGAGGAGCUGGCCGAGGAUGCAAAGGGUAUAUUAGGGAAGGAAAUUGUGACUGUGAGAGUUGUAAAAGACGUCGGGCAUGAGAUUGCUAUUGAAAGGGCGGAUUCGAUUGUAGACAUUGUGGGGAGGGCCUUAGAGAGGGAGGAGUGGUAG